AAUUAAUUUUGAUAACGACCAUUUGUGAUCUCAGCAGACUGUGAGAUACAGAUAGAGUGAAAACAAUUGCAGCGCUUUUGGUUUAAUGUCUGUCUUGUUGAAGGAAGAGAGAUUACCUGAACCAGUGCCCUAACUUCUUCCUUGGUUGGGUGAUGUAAGGUAACGUUCCAGCAAACAGCACAGGGCGGCCUCAGGCAAUCUUAACCUGUUUGCAUGCUGAUCAGUGCAGAGCAGGCUGCCGAAGGAGCCAGAGAGAAGCUCGAUCCACUUACCUGUGAUAAGCACAUGUUUUGUACCAACUAGUUGUGACAACAGAGCGUUUCUGCUCCUGAAAUGGCACUGACUGCUCAGUGAACACCUUGGGCGUUUCCUUUGUAAACUUCUGUUACCCAGCGCCCAAGCAGUCCUUAAGAUACAGUGGUCAUUUUUAAGCACUUGUUUCACUGAUGGCCUUCGUACCCCGCUGCCCUGAUGGGUGAAGUACAGACUCCUGUUUGUGACAGGUAACUUCUGCAGAAGUCAGAGGGGCAGCUCUGCAUUCAUGGCCUGUUUUAGUACAAUUCUUGUUCCACAGAUCGAAAGGUAUUCAGAACUUAAUUGACUUUUACAGAACAGGAAAUCUAAGUUCUGCUGUUGGUGUUUGUCAGCAGGCAGAGUUCUAUUGCACAUCUCAUAGCUCACGGGGCUGCGACCCCAGUUUGUUAACUUCAUGGUAUGGGGGGGUGUAGGAAUUUAUUGUAGGAAUUUGUAUUCCUGCUGGAGAGCUUGGGGAGGGUGUCAGUAAAUUAAAACAGAAAUAGGUGGGUGCAAGGUGGGUGCAACGUAUUUUGAAUCAGAAAUCAAUGUUAUGCCCAAGUUGAUUGUUCUCUUAUGUUUCAGGUGCCAAUACUGAAACCCAUGGACCUAAUGGUAGAAGCAAGUCCCAGAAGGAUAUUUGCAAAUGCACAUACUUAUCAUAUAAACUCUAUUUCAGUAAAUAGUGAUCAUGAGACAUACCUUUCAGCAGAUGACCUAAGAAUUAACCUAUGGCAUUUAGAAAUCACAGAUAGAAGUUUUAAUAUUGUAGAUAUUAAGCCUGCCAACAUGGAGGAGCUGACUGAAGUGAUCACGGCUGCGGAGUUCCACCCCCACCACUGCCACGUGUUUGUGUACAGCAGCAGCAAGGGCACCAUUCGGCUCUGCGACAUGCGCUCCUCAGCCCUGUGCGACAGGCAUUCCAAAUUUUUUGAAGAACCUGAAGAUCCUAGCAGCAGAUCAUUUUUUUCAGAAAUAAUAUCAUCAAUAUCUGAUGUAAAAUUCAGCCACAGCGGGCGCUACAUGAUGACAAGAGACUACCUUUCUGUUAAAGUGUGGGAUCUCAAUAUGGAAAACAGGCCUGUAGAGACAUAUCAAGUUCAUGAGUACCUUCGAAGCAAGCUUUGUUCCCUGUAUGAAAACGACUGCAUCUUUGACAAAUUUGAGUGCUGCUGGAACGGUUCUGAUGGUGCUAUCAUGACUGGAUCUUACAACAACUUCUUCAGGAUGUUUGACCGCAACACGCGGCGGGAUAUCACGUUAGAAGCAUCCAGGGAGAGCAGCAAACCUCGUGCCAUCUUAAAGCCACGCAAAGUGUGUACAGGUGGUAAAAGGAAGAAAGAUGAAAUAAAUGUUGACAGUCUGGACUUCAACAAGAAGAUUCUUCAUACAGCAUGGCAUCCCAUGGAGAACAUCAUUGCUGUAGCUGCCACCAAUAAUUUGUAUAUAUUCCAGGACAAAAUUAACUAAAGGUGACUGACUUGAGGACAGAGUUGUCUUCUUGCAUAGUUAAGCUCAGUUGUUUAUCUGUAAAAGAGAAGGCCUUGUCCUACCAGUGAAGAACAUUGAUGCACUUACUUCCCUUUAGGUAAAGGAGAGGAUCUGGCCUGGUUUUUGCUUUCACGGUGUGGUUCUGCCUUUGCUGAGGUUAGGGAGUGUCAGUUGCAGUUUUCUGAGGAAAACCCUCUGGAAGCAGAACUGAUGGACAGUGCUCAAUCAGGCCAAUACUCAAAACAAAUGUAUUUAUUGACGUCUGAGCCUUCCUUUCCAGUUUAUAGACCAAAAAUUUAACACCCAAGAAGAAAACAAAAAAGUCAUAAAAAUGUAAUUUCUAUCUUUUGCGCUCUUUCUCUGCUGUAAUAUUUGGGCCUUUCAAGACAUAUAUUGUGCUUAAUGCCUGUAAACAUUCCUCCUCUGGCCUGUAUCUAGGCUUAGGUGUUUUUACCUUGGAGCACUUAGGUAGGUCUUGAGUUGGGUUGGUAGACAGGUUUCCAUGGAUAUUUACUCACCAGUUGUAUCUAUUGCCACACCUUCUGGUGUAAACCACUUAAUAAAAUAACAAGCUAAAAAAAGUGUUUUUAAAUCUGAAGGUAUGUAUUCAGUCUUUUUUAUUUUUUUUUAUUGCAUGUACUGAGAUUGUCAGAUCUGCCCAUCAGGAUGGUUUUUUUCACAGCGUUUGUCCCGACACACUGAUUUCUAGCAGACUAAUACAAACUUUUUUGUGUAGUAUUUGGAAUUCUAGAUUUCGAGUUUCCUUGGAAGUGUCAUUUAGUUUAAGUUGCACUGGUUUUCUUGUAAAACGACUUUUGUAUACAGAGUAGGAGAUGGAAGAGGUUAGUGUAAAGAAGUCUGCAGCCUUAAUAGAAAGCGACCACCUUGCACAGAAGGGAAAACAAAUUUUCUUCUUUGAAGAUUUAAAAAGAAAAAAAAAUUUAAGUUUAUCUGAUGCCUCUCAAUGUUAGGUAGAGACAUACCUUAUGUGCAUUAUGUUUUUUAACCUUUUUAGUACUUGUCAUAAAGAUACACUUUAUUUUAAAUGUUUGGCAUAAUAUCUUGUAUUUCACAUCGCAGUUGAAACCAGCAAUAAAAAGUUUCUUGAUUAUGCCAAGCAGCAACACAGCUUAAUACAUUUUAGUACAUUCUGACGUCAGGCUGUCAGAAAAUACUGAGGCUGCUAGCUGGUGUUACUAUGUUAUAACUGUUCUUGCUAGUUGUUUUUGUUUUGGUUUUUAAAGCCUUAGGUACUUUUUUUUGUUGUUCCGAAGGGGCCUAAAAUGCAUCAACCUUUUCUUCACCCUGGGCUAACGUGGGUGAGAAAUUGCUCCUGAAGCUGUUCAGCACAUCUGGUAGCGCCAGGCGGCUGGGCAUCGCGCUCUGGGAAAGGUGCCUGCAGGUUAGAUGUUCUCAGAGAUCCCCUCAGCUUCCCAGAGCAAAUACAAGAAGUGUGGUUUACACUCCACUGUUAUUGGAAUGAAGGUGUAUUAUGAUUACUAAAUCAGAUCUGCGUAUGCAAACGUAAAAGUGUCUGUUCUUACCCUCAAUUAUUGUCCAUAGAGUGCCACUCUUGUUCACGGUAAGCUAGUAAGUACAACUAACUUUGAGGUUCUACAAAUAAAGUUUAAAUUAAAAAAGAAAAAAAAAAAGAAAAAACUUAUACUGUAUAUUGGUUGUGACACUAUUUGCAAAUCUUGAAAUAUGGAACUGCUGGGUCAUGAAAGGGUUCGAUUUGACCUUGUUCCUGAGAUGCAUAAUAGAGCUAAUACAAUGGGAUUGUACAUACUUGUUCAAUUAUUUUGACCAAAAAGUUUAAUAAAUUUUAAAUGUUUACCUGGA